AUGGAUGAUUUGGAUUUACCAAAAGAUGCAAAAUACAAAAGCUUUGUUGCACAAGUUGAUAAGUCCCUCAAAAGUUUUGAAUACUCUACAGAAUGGGCUGACCUUAUAUCUGCUGUAGGACGACUAAUUAAAGUCAUUCAGUCAAAUACGAAGUGUGGUUACGUUCCUCGAAGCUUUGUUAUUGGUAAACGUCUCGCCCAAUGUCUUCAUCCUGCUCUACCGGCUGGUGUUCAUUGCAAAGCAUUAGAAUGUUACGAUGUAAUUUUCCGCACUAUUGGACCUGAACGUGUCGCCUAUGAUUUGUAUGUUUAUGGUCCGGGCUUGUUUGCGCUACUCGAGCCAUCUGCUAUGACGGUCAAGUCACCGCUGUUUGAUAUUUAUGAAGAACACUUACUUCCUCUUGGAAAAUUGCUUCAUCCAUCAUUUUUAGGAUUGUUAAAGGGCUUGCUACCGGGUUUGGAACCAGGCGCGGAAUUCUCUGAACGUGGAAAUCGAAUGUUAGAGAUGUUCAGUUCCUCUGUGGGAUCUGCAUUCUUUUAUACAUGUUUGUGGGAGCUUCUAAUUCGAUGUCCAUCUAUACGACAAUAUGGAAUUUCAUUUAUACUCAAUCAUUUAAACAAACGUAAAUCAUUAGAUAGUCAAAGUUAUAUUUAUGGUUUAGAUAAAAAUAUUCUUGUCGAGAGUUUAUGUUGUCUAUUCGGUGAUAGUGUUCUACUAGUACAACGUGAUGCUCUUGAUUUUAUUCUGUUAGCAUUACCAAUACAUUUUUAUUCGAAAAUAACAUGGACAACAGAGCGUAAUCCAUUUCAGUUUAUCACUAAUCAAUCUUUAACUGUAAAAGAUUUUGCUAUGUUAUGUACAGCUUCUUUGUCUAUUUUACUACGUCGUGAUGCAUCAUUGAAUCGUCGUUUAUUUAUUUGGCUUAAAGGUAGUCAGUCAGUUGAGGGAAUGGUUAUGGAUAGUUUAGAUAACCAAAUAGGUGUUAAUCAAUCAAUGACAUGGGCAGACAUAGUCAUGAAUAAAGUAGAUGAUAAACAUGUAUUGGAUAUGAAUGAUCAACAUGAAAGUAAUAGUCAACGUUAUUUUAAAUUAUAUUCACAAAUCAUUCUUACCGAAGCUGUACGUCGUUUAAUCUAUAAUCCUAAUUGUUUACCUAUUUCAUGUCAAUCCAAUGAAAAUCAUUUGAAUUUUUCUGCUAAAUUCACAUUUGGAUCAGAUUUAUCUGCAUUAGUUAUAGAACGAAGCAUUUCCGAACGUCCAUUUCGUAUUUUAAUUAGUUUAAUUGAUCAUCCAGAUAUAGGUUAUGGACUUUUAGAUCAUUUAUUAUUAGAUAUAAUGUGGUAUACAUAUGAAACUUAUUAUAAAUUACAUUGGCAAACUACUUAUUGUUUAAUGAAUUCAAAUUCAAUAAAUAAAUUAUCAUUAUAUCGGGAUUUUACAUUCACUAUAUCCGAUUUAGUAAAUCGACCAAGUUUAUAUGAUAAACAAUUACCAAAUAAUAUGACAAAUUUAAUUAAAGAUUAUAUUUUCAUUCGUGAUAGUGUAAAAUCAUCAAGUUUAAGAAUAGAUAAUCAAGGUAGAAAUUUCGAAUAUAAUAGAACAACAAGUUUAAUUGAUAAAGAAGAUUCAUUAUCUUUAAAUGAUUCAAAUAUCAAGAAGAUUUCAAUACAACAUUCUAAUAAUCCUACCACUAUGACUACCAAUACUACUUAUACUACUAAUACUACUACUAAUAAUAAUAAUAAUGUUGUUGAUGAAUUCUUACGUACAUCACAUUUAUUUUUCAGUAAUAUAAAUAGUGAAUUUUUAUGGAAAUUUAUUGAAAAUCAAUUUAUUGAAUUAUUGAAUUUAUCAACAAUCAAUACAAUUGAAUCAAUCAAUAUCCAUCCGAAUAAGAUUAUAUCAUCAUCAUCAACGUCACCAUCUAUUGAAUAUGAUAAUUGGCAACAAUCAUCAUUGAAAUUAUCAUUAAUUCAAUGGUGUUCUAUUAUACAUUUCUUAUUGAAUUGUUUACCAAUGGAUAUAUAUCCUAAUGUACGUGGUUUAUAUCUUCCACAUUUAAUUAUUCAUUUAACAAAUUGUUUAGUUGAAAAACUUCGAAUUAAUUGUCAAUUAUAUGAUCAUGAUCAAACUUUAUUAUUAAAAGAAGAUAGUUUUGCCGAGUAUAAAUUAACAUCUAUAGAAUGGGCUAGUAUAAUCAAUUGUUUAGAUACGAUUGUACAUCAUAUACGUGAGUAUGCAGUGACAAUGUUUGAUCAGUUAUCGAGUCCAGUCAAUUUUAAACGUCAAGAAGAAUCAUUAUUAUCAAAUAACAGUAAUAAUAAUAAUAAUAAUACUAAUAGUGGUAGUGGUCAAUGUAAUGAGAUCAACAGUAAUGAUGGUAUUGCUGAUAGUCAGGAUAAUCAAAUUUCUGAAGAAUUAAUAAUGAUUGCUAAAGCAGUUGGUCAAUUUCGACGAUUUCUUGGCAUAUUCUGUAUUCAUGUUUUAAAUUUUUCACCAGUUAAAAUGAAUGAAUUUAUUCAAAGAAUUUGUACAGAACAAUGUCCACAUGAAUGUAUUAUUAUUUCGAAUGAAAGAGAAAUCAACAAAAUGUGCAAUAAUAAUCAAAAUAACAAUGAAGAUAUAUUCAACAAAGAUGGUGUUAAAGAAAAAUCUGUAUUAAAACAUAACCAACAAGUAUCAUUACCAUCAUCAUCAGUUAGUUGUAUAGAUCUUUUUGCACAAAUUUGUCGUCUUAUUGUAGAGAUGUCCAGUUUUCCUUUAUCUAUUAUACAUCAAUUUCAAAAUUCAUCUAUAUCACCUAGAAUUAUUUCUACCAAUAAUUCUGAUCUUAGUAUUUUAGAUCUAUUCGGUGGUGAACUUAUACGUGAUGCUGAUACAGGCUCUUUAAAAAAGGAAUUUACCACUGGUUCGCCUCAGCCUGUACUAAACAAUUAUCAUUGUUAUUUUCAUUACAGUUUGGGUCGUUUCAUUCUACCACAAUGGCUUGUUUGUUUAUUGUAUGCAUCAUGUGAUAUAGAUAAUUUCAAUAUUAAGUCAAUUGCUUUAUAUACACUGAUUGAAUUAUUUCAUGCAGCUGUUUCUAUUCAUGGUUGGAGUACAGAAUUAACGUAUGAUUCUAAUGACAUCGAUACUACUACUACUACUACUACUACUACUACUACUACUACUACUACUACUACUACUACUACUACUACUACUACUACUACUACUACUAAUAGUAGUGAUAGUAAUAAUAAUAAUAACGCUGGACAGAUCCAUCCAGGAAACAAUAAUGAAAAUGGUAAUAAAGUAGUUGCCAUAGGUGAUAAACAUCAAGCAAAUGGUGGAAUGCGUUUAGUAUUUCCUGUACUAAGUGGAGAGUUGAUGUCAUAUCUUUCUCAAAAGACAAAUUUAUUCACGUACUUGGGUAUUUCAUUAUGGCGUUAUCUAUCACCGGAAUAUUCUACAUAUCACGAUGAUGCAACAAGUUUACUUGUUCGUCUACACCAAUUAGCUCCUCCAUUGCCAAAAUCUCUUUCUCGUCAAUUAACUCCCGGAAUAUCAGGAAUCACAUCUACUAUCAGUUCUUGUAUUGAAGGUUUCAUUCUCUCUCAAAUGCUUUCAUCUGAUUUAGAUAUUAAAAUAGAUGCACAUUCACGUUUUAUUUUACUGUGGCAUUUAUUGAGAUACUAUGGAUCACGUGUUCAAUCAAAUAUUCAUCCAUUGACAAAUACUUCAACAAGUACUUCAAAUCAUCAAUUUCCCGUUACUAAACGAUCAUUACAUUCUUCAGUUCAUGAUUCUUUUAGACUAAGUGGCGUAUCCAAUUUCAUAGCGGCUGUAUCAUGGAGGCGUGGAUUUCUUGGUUUGACUGGAGAUAAUAAAGUUAGCAACAAUGAUCUAUCAUCUCCUGGUUUAGGUUUAUAUGAUAUUCCUUUCUAUAGAUGUACUUUACUCUUAUUGGAUAAUUUAGAUUAUGAUAAUCCAUUGGGUCCAAUUGGAUCAAUUGGUUUAACAAAUCUAUCACAAUUUAAUCUAAAUGUAAAUAAAAGACAAAGAAAUAAUAAUAAUAAUAAUGAUCACAAUGUUAAUCACAAUGAAGAAUUUCAUCAAAUGGAUCAUUCAAUUAGUUAUGGAAAUUUUAUUCUAAGAGAACAAUCUACAAUAUGGUUAGAGAAAGCUUUAAGAACUGGUCAAAUAGAUCGUUUAAUCAUACCAAUUUUAGCGAUAUUAUUACAUCCUGGAACAGCUAGAAUUAGUUUAAAAUCACAUAUAUUAAAACAUUAUUGUCAACAGAUUAAAUUGUCAAAAUCAAAGAAAUUAUUGAAUGGUUCUAUCAAAUCAGUUAAGAAAACAGACAUUGAUUGUAAACCGCCUUCAUAUGAAGAAGUUGUUAAUCAAGUGAAUACAACUAGUAUUAAUUCUGAAUUUCCACAUAUGAACACUAUUCAUACAGAAAAACCAUUUGAUCUAAUGAAUUCAAUUCGUGAAAAGUUUCAACGAUUUCAUUCUACAACAGAAUUACUAAAUAAAACAGAAUUAACAAAUGAAAUAAAUACCUCUAAACAACAAGCUGCUGAAGCUAUUCUCAAUUCUGUCCUAUCUAUGCGUUUAAUGAAAAAUGAAAAGAAUCAUUCAUUGUUAGAUUAUGUAACAGAUUGGCAUCAUGAUUCUAGAACACUUUCAAUGUUACCUGUCAAUGAACAUUUAUUAGUUUAUCUACAAAAUUAUGAUUCUAACCAAAUCAUUUAUGCAUUUUCUCGUCUUCGAACAAUUCUAUCUAUCGCUCCUAUUUUAGUUAUUCGUUCACUUGCAUCAUGUACAAUUAAUUCAAUAAUAAAUUAUAAUAUAUAUGGUAUAAAAUUUCUAGAACUUAUAUCAAAACAUCGUCGUUCUAUAGGUGGUUGUAAUUUUUUCUCUACUAUUAGUACAGAAGAAUUAAAUCAAUCACAACAAAAUUAUACAAAUAUAUUAGAAUUAAUAAUUGAUAUAUGUUUACAAUAUAUGUGUAGUUAUUUACCGUUUAUUACAAUGAAAUCUACAUCAACUGUGAAUAGGAUUAUUGAUAAUGAUCAUGAUAAUGAUCAUGAUGAUGAUGAUGAUGAUGAUAAUCAUUGUACUACAUCAUCUAUGAAUAAUAAUUUCAUUGAAUUUGGUCAUCGUUUUGGUUAUUCUAAACGUGAAUAUCGUGCGAAUCAAUUUGUACAGAAUAUAGCUGCAGAAAUUUUAAUAUUGAUUAUUGAACAAUUAGUAUCGAUACAAGAUGAAUGUUUAAAUCCAUCACUGAUCAACUCAACUUUAAAAUCUAAUUCUAAUUUAUCUAAUGUUAAAAAUUCCUCUUCUGGUACACGUAUACCAGAAUUAUCAUCACUGUCAUCAUCAGUAUAUUCAACUGGAUCUAUAAAUUCAAACAUUGUUCCACCUAAUACAAUUACAUUUUCAUCUAUGAUACAACAAGCUAAUGGACGUCGUCUUGUACAAAAUACUUUACAUCAUACUUGUUUAACAUCUGUUGUUUUACAUUGUUUAGCCUCAUGUAUUAUAAAAGUACAUUGGCCUAAAACGAAUAAAAACUGCUCGGAUUAUUCAACACCAAAUGGAAUUAGGAAACUUCCAACCUGUUUACAAUUAAUUCUUGUCAAUGAUCUAUUAUCAAAUUUAUCGAAUACAUUUCAAGCUACACAAUUACAAACCUUAUUAAAACUAUUCAAUGUUAUUCUUCAUUUAAAACCAUGGUAUGGUUAUUCAGAUCGUAUGUCAUUAAUAAAAUAUCAUUAUGUAUUACAACAGAAUUGUCAAACAUCAACUGAAUUAUAUAAUAAUAAUUCUAGUAAUAAUAGUUUACUAUGGCCAGUAUGUCCAAGUAUAUUACUAUUAGAUAAUGAAUUAACUAGUUAUGAUUUAUUAACACAUUAUAUUACUGAUAUCUGGUCAAUAGCCUAUAAUCAAUUACCGAAUGAAUUAAAUCAUCAUUCAUUAUUUCGUAUGAAUUGUAUUACAAUAUUAUGGUGGUCUAAUUCAACUAGAAACUAUUCAAUUAUUGAAAAAGAUCAAUUGAAUUUAUUCAUUGAAUUAUUAUCUAUUGGAUUAUCAUCACCAUUCACUUCAUCUGCAUCAUCCGCGUCAUCCUCAUCAGUAUCAUCAUCAUCUAAUGAUAAUACUACUAAUUAUACAACAUUUUUCUUAGCUCGUUUAGAUUUACAUCCAUUAUGGUAUUGUUUUAUAUUUAAAAGUUUAUCAUAUUGGGGUUGGUUUAUUGGAUCAUUAAUACGUGUUACUAUUAAACAAAUAUGUUCAAGUUUAAAUAAAUUAUGUGAUCGUGUUUAUCAGAAUAUACAACAAACACGUUAUAAUAAUAAUAGUAUAAGUAGAUCAAGAUUAUCAAAUACAAGUGAAUGGGAGCUUUUACCACCAGACUAUACAUUAACUGUAUUAGCUUUAAUUCAAGGCAUUUGUCAUGCAUUUCUUCUAUCAGUUGGAAAUGCCUGUUUACCGCUUAUGUCAUCUCGAAAAGUGAAUUCAUUGCAACAAACAACUGCAUCAUUGCGUGGUGGUAAUCCACCAACUGUUAGUCAAUUAACUGGUCUCCCAGAUUCAAUAGAAGGUGCUUUGGAAAUUGCUGAAAUUCUAUAUCAUCACAAAUUGAAUCCACCAAAUCCAAAUGGACCUAUACCAGAAGUUAAUAAUACUGUACCAGCAUUUGAUCCUUUAUUUCCAUCACCUCUUACAGAGAAUGUUGAUCAUUGUUCAAAUACGAUUAAUUUCGUUUCUAUGAAUAAUUCAUCUGUGGACAAUAUUUCAAAUUUGGAACCAUCUGUCAUUUUAACUUCUGGAAUAGGAGAUGAUAAAGUGGAAACAACAGAAAUGUCAGUUCAUUCACCAAGUUCUACUGUAAUAUUUUUGAAUCGUGCAAAAAACUUGAAAAAUGUAAAUAUUAAAGAUGAUGUAUUAAAUCCUGAAUUACAUCCUUUUAUUCAAGCUCAAUUAGAAGUAUUACGUUUAAUGCCUGAUAUGAUUACAUGUAUAUCAUUCCUUUGGAAUACUCUUAAUCAAUCACCAUUUUGUCAAUUAUGUAAAGGAAAUUACUACAAAUCUAAUUGUACAAUCACUAGUCGUUAUCCAGAUAAAGAACAUUGGUCGUUGUUAAACUCACCCAUUCCUUCUGAAAGUUUAUCUCCAUUAAUUAGCCUUGGUUCAGCUACUCUUGUUCGUGGUGCUAUUCGUCGGCUAUUAAAGCCUAUUGCAACACAACAUCCAGAUCUCUUAUUAGUAACAACCGCUGUAGCUUGGCCAAAUACAACUUUUGAUAUUGAAACUGGUGGUCUUCUUGCUGGAUUUGAUUCAUUAAUAAACUAUGGCCCAUUGGAUAUGCUUAUACCUAUAAGAACAAAAAGAGAUAAUUGUAAUUCAGAAAUAUAUUCAAUUCCAUUACAUCAUAAACAAUAUAGUUUAUUAGAUUUAAUUAGUGGUCGAACUUAUGAUGAUAAACAUUAUGGUUCUAUAUUAUCAUCUACAAUAUUAAUAAAUAAUUUACGUGAUAUAAUACGUCGUCCAAUGAAUAAUUCAUUAUUAAUACCAAUUAUUAAUACAAUACAAUUACAAUAUCAUUGCACUACAUUAUCAGCAGCAGCAGCAACAAUGAAUUCAUAUUCACCAUUACAAGAAAUCAAUACAACAUUAAUAACAAAUGGAUAUAAAUCAACUACAAAUUCUGGAGUAAAUUUAAUUCGUUUACAAACAAAUUUAUUACAUUUAUUUUAUGCAUGGCUUAUUAUGAAACCAGAUUUUAUAUCCUCUGAAUUAUUAUUAAUUUUAAUACGGGAUUUAAUUAAUUUACCAACAAUAAUUAAUUAUAAUAAUAUAAUGAAUAUAACAACAACAACAACUACUACUACUACUACUAAUAGUACGACUAUGAGUAGUAGUAUGACUAGUACUAGUCCUGCUAGUAGUAGUACUACAUUGGGUCUUUCACCUGCUGGAAUAUUUAUACUAAUCAAAAUCUUCAGCAAAUUUUUAGAAACAGCUAAUUUUAGCGAUGAUAAACGAGAACAAAAAGAGUUACAGGAAUUAUGUCAUCGAUUACUUGAAACGACAGCUUCUAUUGCUGCAUCUGCUUUGCAUCAACCAUCAUGGUUUCGUAAAACUUUACAAGUUCGUCAACUUGAUGGUGAUUUAACCAACUCAUUAACAUAUUCCCAACCUUCAAAUUCUAUCGAUUUCACUGAUCGUAUAUCACUUUCAGGAUCAGAUGUUUUUGAAUCUAUUCAUAAAUCUGAUCGAUUAGCAAAUGGUUUAUCAGAUUUAACAAAUUCACAUUCUACUGGACAACUUAAUAAUACAAAUGAUGUAUUGAAUGAUGUAGAACAAUCUUCUAUAAAAGAUGUAUAUGAUAAAUCAAUAUCAAUACAGUUACCUUCAUCAUGUUAUUCAAAAUCACGGCAUUCAUCUGUGAAUUUGUUGUCAAAUGAAAUAACACGUAUCCGAAUGCGUAGCGAUGUGACAAUACAAGCUAUUGAGUUACUAACAGAGAAUAUGGCUAUAUUUUUAGAUUUAGUAUAUAAAAGUGAUGAAAAAGAUCGUGUAUCAACAUUUUUAAACAAUAUUUUAUGCAAUAUUUUUCCUUAUCUUCGUGUUCGAACAUUAAGUAAUUCAGAUCAUUUUACUGUAGCCAGUAAAUUAAUUGCAUCUAUUAGUAGUUAUCAAUAUACAAGAAAAUCAUGGCGUCGUGAUGUUUUAGAUUUAUUUUAUGAAUCAGUAUUUUUUCAAAUGAGUCCAAUUGCAUUACAAAGUUGGAAUUUAAUUAUUGAUAAUUUAAUGACACAAGAUAAAAGUACAUUUAAAGAAGCAUUAGCUCGUCUUGUAUUCGCUCAACCGGGUGGUUUAAAUUUAUUUGCUAGUAAAGAGAGUGAAUAUGAUCUACGUGCUGCUUGUUUGAAAAAAUUAUCUUAUCUAGUUUAUGCAAGUGAACCAGAUCAAUAUGCAAAAGCAAUGCCUGAUUUAUUAGAACGUCUUGCUGAAUGUUUACGUUUAGGUCAAGGUAUAAUACCAGUGGUUCAUACUCAAGUAUUUUUAUUUGCUCGUGUCUUAAUAUCUCGUAUGUCAGCUAUACAAUUGAAUUCUUUAUGGCCUAUCGUUGUACCAGAAUUGUUCCUCACAUUCAAAUCCCUAUCUCAAGCAAUUCAAGAAUGCAUUUCUAAAAUUCAAUUAAGGAAAGUUAAACCUGAUUCCUCUACGUCGUCGUCGUCAUCAUCAUCAUCAUUUCUGUCUACUUCACAAAUGAAUUUAUAUAUUAGUGCAUGUAAAUUGUUGGCUACCAGUUUAUUAUAUCCAGAACAUAGACUACCACAAUUUUCCUAUUAUCAAUGGGCAUUUGUCAAAGAUAUAACUUUUGAUCAUUUAACUAACCAAGAAGAAAUGACAAAUGUCACUACAAUGAAUAACAAUCGAAAAAUAUCAUUUCUUCCAUUCCUUUCCGAUGUUCUAAUACAAAUUGAAAAAUUACAAGAAAUUGACAUAUCGAAUGGUAUUGAUAUAACAUGUAUGGAAAAUUCAUCUACUUUAUAUCAAAGUUGUUUCAGUAUUUUGGCUUUAGAUAAACUUGUAAACAUUUAUACACUGAAACCAUUCUUUGAAAGUUUACAUAAUAGUUCAAAUGUUGAUUCGUUACAAAAUUCAUUGAAUGAUAUUCCAGUACUUGAUAACUUUCUUCUUGAAUUAGCUAUAGAAGCAUCAUUAGCUCAAGAGUUUCCUGAAACUAUUACAUCUAGAUAA